AGGGAUUUGGAACGCACCCCAAGUCAGUCAGUCAGUCCAAUCACCAGUUACCACUGUCGCCAGAUUGCAGUCAUAGCUAAAGAAUUCGACGCACUUCUGUCCUUUGUCUUAUCAAAAAGAAAGCAAGAGGACAGAUUUAGAAGCUUCACGAAGGAUAUCAAAUCCGAUACGUAGAAUAUUAAGCCACAAAUUUUGCGAGUGAAAGUGUUUUACUCUCAAGAUGGACAAAAGAGAUCGCAGACAAAUAGAUCAUUGUUGCGAGAGUGUUGUACCCAAAAUUGAUAUCACGAAACUCUUGCCAAAAUUGCUGGAAAACAAAGUUUACAACAGGGAUGACGUAAAUAUUCCACGGUGGAGGAAAAAACUUGAGGCGCGAGAUACAGUCAAGGAUGUAUUUUUAACAAUUAAAACACGCGGACCAAAUGCAUUUAAAAACUUGAUUAUCAGUCUAAGACAAUCCAACCAUGAAGAAGUAGCUAAUAUAUUGGAGGAAAAACAUAACAAAAGUAGCAAUACAAGGCAAGAGGAUCCAUUGACUCAUCAUAUUUUUUCUGAUAAACCUUUAACGAUCCAAGUACGCAAAGCUACAAGAUUCUUAGAUUGCGAGUAUGAUGUCAUUGAACGAUAUCCUAUGCGAAGUAAGCCUCGUGGAUUGGUUUUGAUAAUCACCAAUAUUGUUUAUGAAUCGUCUGAUGAGAAACAUAGAUUUUCGGCAAAACAUGACAAAGACAACUUGGAAAAACUAUUUGAGGAGAUGGGUUUUAUAGUCGUUACUCAUGGAAAUCUAACAGGACAGGAAAUGAAAGAUAAGAUUAAAGACUUUUCAAAAAGAGACGAUCUGAGAAAGGUUGAUUCCUGUUUUGUGAUCGUUACAAGUCACGGUACGGAGGACGAAGAUAGCAACACAGAGAUCCAGGGUACUGAUUAUCAUAGCGCAAGUAGGCAGCCAAAUUAUGAGAAAGUUCUUUGCACAGAAAUCUUUGAGUAUUUUACCACAGAAGCUUGUCCACAACUCGCGGAGAAACCAAAGAUAUUUAUUUUCCAACUUUGUAGAGGAAAGAAAAGACAGAAAGGCGUAGCUCACAACAGAAUCACUACAGAUACCUGUGUAUCUGUGAAGCCAACGGAUGAACCCGGCCUAGAAAUACCUCACUAUCAAACAACAAGAAAUUAUUCAGAUAUGCUUGUAGUUCAAUCUACUUUGCCCGGAUAUGUUUCUUACCGAGAUUCCAUAACUGGCAGUUGGUUUAUACAAAUUCUUUGUAAAAUAUUCAUGAACCAUGCUCAUACGAAUCACGUUCUUGAUUUAUUUAGUAUGAUUGAUAUGGAGUUGAAACUUCUGAGAACAAUGCACAACGAGUGUCAGACGUCGUCUGUACAGUCGUGGGGAUUUAACAAACAUUGUUAUCUCAAUCCCGGCCUUUUCAUGGAAUUAUGAUGAAAAAGAAAAAAGUAUAAUGCCUUAUUGUACAUGCGAGAAUACGCAAUAUUUUUAUGAAUAUUUCGAUGCAUUUAAUUAUCAGUGCCAUUUUAUAUAAACGAUAUAUAGUGCGUAGUGAAAAGCAGUCAUGUGUGUUAUUAAUAUAUUAUCGUAAAGUGAGUUCUUUUUCUCAUAUGUUACUCUGCCGUAUAAUAACGCAUGAAGAAAUUAAAGAAACAAACGAGAGACAAUAAAUGAAUAAAUGUGCAAUGACA